GUGAAAUUGUUUCGUGCUCAAUAAUAAUAGUUCAGUGAUGCAUCCGACUUUGUUUCCUAAACGUUAUUGGACGCUAAUAAAAUGCAAAAAUUAUUAAAGUAAAAAAAAAAAAAAGAAGAAAAAGCAACUUUUCCAUGUGUUUCACUUGUGCGCAUGCCCAGUACAGUGAUGUUCGAUGGUGGACCUACACACGGCAAGCCUCGCCAGCCUGAAACACGAACGAGACAGCCGGGGCAAUAAUUCUCCCAGCCAAUAUGGCGGACGUGGAAACACAUACACAGACAAAAAUAGUAAAAAAUUCUAAAAUAUUAGUAAAUGUCGAAGAAGCCCUUCAAGAUAUUUUAGUAGUGUCUUAUGCGUUUGAAAACAAGUUGUACCAAGGCGUUCUACUGGAUUCAUCGAAGAAACAUCUGCCAUGUGGGAUCUCCGCGCCGAUCAACGUAGUGUCCCAGCAGAGCGGCUCCAAACCCGACACCGAUGAGGACAAGCUCUUCAGCUUGACCCAGAGAUUCACGUACUUCCAGGAUAAGCCUCCGCCACCAGCCAGCAAGAACGUAGAGAAUGUUAAUCCACAGCCGUUUCAUCUGAGGAGGACAAUCCGUCCGCCAGCGCGUUACAAGAAUUCCCGCAUGACAGUUCGUCUCCGUCCUCGCCAAGUUUUGUGUUCAAAGUGUCGUAGCAUCUGCAACGAGAACUCCGAGAAUGUGGACCUCUCGAGGAAACGGAAGGGAGCAGAGCAGAUCGCGAAGGUGGACAAAAAGUUGUGUUCCCCAGGCGAAGUCCCGUCGAGGAGUCCACGGCCAUUGUUUUCCGAGAACCAGAGAGAGAACCAGCCUAUCAAAAGUAUGAGCCCCCCUUCGGAGAAUUCGAAAUUGUGCUCCUCUCUCAUUCCCAAAAUAUCGAGACUGCAACCCACUGAAAUCUCCAACGCCUUAAGUGGGAACGUAAACAAAAUAAAAAUUGUGGAGAAAUACUGGGUUAGACCGACGGUAGGUUCUCAGGGUGAUGGUCUUCGGGAACCGGACGAGGGGGGUAAGAAAGUGUACUGCGUUUCUAUGGACCCCAAAAUGCUAGUCGAGGACCACAAUUACGACUCUGAUCAUUCUUCUGUACAUAACAUUGUGAGUGAUAAGACUGAGGAGGACGUGACGUGGACAGCUGACAGCGCGUCCUCGGUUAAGGGAUUGGCUGACCGUAAAGAACGCAUGGUUCUACGUAAAAAACGUAGUGUGGGCUCCAUGGAAGACUUGUGGGACGAAAGUGUAUUCGAGGACAGCAUGAGAAAGGCGCGAAUCGCACGCACCACGCCCGUCAUUAAGAUAUCCUUCGGAACCCAGGGCGAAGGCACCGUCCUGAAGAUCCCUGCCAAGGUACAGAAGUACAUUCCCAGCGAGAGUGAGACUGAGGACCAGCAGAAAACUAAGGAUGCCAGUGCGAAGGCCGCCAAGAGGGCGCUGAAGAAGGCGAAGAAAGAAGCUCGGAGGAAGAUGUUGAGUGCGAGUAGGGAUUCCCCGAGGUCAUUGGGUGGGGGAUCCCCGGCGUACGCCGUCAUAGGAGGGAGUUCCCCGGCGUAUGAAGCGCUUUACCACCGGAAGCACAAACACAAGGUGAAACACAAGAAGAAACGACGUCAUAGCAAGGACGACGCAGGGGAACCGAUGCUGGUGAAGGGUGUGGGAGACCCGAAGUGCUGGAACGUUCUGACACCCAGUGAUUCGUACAGUGCUAUCAAGGAGCGGUGCCUCAAACAGAAGCUGUCUAUAAGCCUCAAACGUCUGAACGCAAAUGCUUAUAUGCGCUGCGAUUACCUGGGCUCGAACGGCUCUAAGAGUCCAGGAACCAGCAGUUGUAGCAACUCGGAGCUGUCCGAUGACCACGGCGAGGCACUACCCGAUUUCCCACCCCCAAGCAGUCAUCCCCUCAUGAUGAGGAUAUCGACGCAGACAGUGGCCUGUUGUGUCACUGGAGAUGGAAGGCAGAUGGCUGUGGGGGAUGUCGUCUGGGGCAAGAUCCACGGCUUCCCCUGGUGGCCAGGAAAGGUACUGAGCAUCACGGUAUCUCGGAAGGACGAUGGAGCUUCGCUAGAACCACAGGCUCACGUGGCCUGGUAUGGCUCAUCCACUUCUUCGUUAAUGCCCUGUGAUCAGCUUAGCCCAUUUUUAGAGACUUUCAAGACAAGAUACAACAAAAAGAAACGAGGCCCGUACAAGGAAGCCAUCAGACAAGCGACUAGCGAAGCGCGAAAGGACGAUCGAGCGACACUGCUACCAGUGACGUCAUCGCCUAGGGAAGUGAAUGUUGUGUCGUAGUUACAUUUGAAUGGCAGCUUAUUUACUGAGAUACUACAAUAAUGUUGUACAUGUAUCUCGAAAUGCAAUGAGAACGUCAGUGGUUCAGUGCCACAUUGUCGCAUCUACGCCCAAUUAAAGUCUGUUCCUUUUUUGUCGUAGGUAAAACUGAUGAUAGUUCAGUUUUCAUUCCCAUUGUUGAAAUAUACAAAAGGCGUACAAGACAGUGUUCAGAAUAUUUAGUACUGGUAGUCAAAGAGUGCAAACAUGUUUUCAUAAGACAUUUUAUAUGACAGUGUUGCCACAUUUUUACAAUCCCCCCUGCACACGAUAUGUGUAUCAAAUUAUUUGAUUGUUUUCUAUGCAUAGCUAAAAAAAAAAGUAUUUUGAUUUUCUACGUGCCAAAACAGAAUACUUUCUCUCUUUUAUACGCGACCUACGAGUCUCAGAUUGUUCCCCUGUUUGUAUCGACAGUUACAGUGUAAAGAUAUCUAAUGUUUACGCUAAUUCUCCGCGAUAUGCAAUACUCCUGUAUAAAAUUUGUAUAACUAGUAGGGGUUCUAAGUGUUGUUUCUUUCGUGUUUCUCUUUUUUUUUUUUUCUUUUUACUGGUUUGUCGUAUAGUGACGAAGCUUCUACUACGCGAUAUGUCGGCAAAGCCACUAGUCUGAAAAUGUACAUAUUUACUUUGCGAAGAAAUUUGAUUUUUUCUCGUUUCUACAGUUAUAUGUUAUCGGAAAAGCUCUAUGGCUCUCCUUGAAUAUAGAAUAGUAAAUAUUCAAAGGCAGCGGAGGAUAGGACCGAACGUAAGAGGAGAAUUGAGGAGGCCAUGGACCGAAUACGGACCGGAAGUAGAAGAAAUAUUCAAUUGUUUUUUCCGCCAUUUUGUCAUCAUGUAAUUUCUGUUUCCUGGAGAGUUUUUAAUGUUGAUUUUCGCGGCGUAUUUUCAAGAAAACAGAAAUUUUCUGAUGAAGACAAGAUUCCCAUUUAAUCCAUGUUCUAGUUUAUAAAGGUUUUACUAUAUUAUCCUUUGUAUCCUUCAGUAGUUAAAGACAAAGGGAGUUGAUGACAAAUGUAACUAGAAAUUCUGGUACGAAAUCUCCUGCCAAAGUAUUUAGUUUAUAUGAGUCCCGAAACACACGAGGUACAGUCCACUUAAAAAAUUUAUCAAAUGCAAAACUGACCUCGACGUCUUACACACUCGGUAAUCACUUGAGAAAUAGGCAGUACCAGUAGCCAAUUCCAGUUAUCCACAUUCCAUAUUCUGAUUUGAUCGUGGUUUUUUUUUUCAUAAGCUUUAAGACUGAAAUUUGUUUUGUGGUCCACAAAGACUUGAAUUUUGUCUGUUUACGGUGUGCGCUCCAAAUUUAUACGUACACAUCUAAAAAAAACUACUCAUGCUAUGAUUAAAAAAUACAAAUACAACGCAGUUACGGCUGUCAAAUUACAGCACCGACAAAGUUCACGAUAAUUUUUGUUCUAAGCCCUUACAUAAACUUUCUUUAAUUGAAUUCCACUGCCUUCGUAAAAUAAUGUCGUAUCGACGCAUUAACUGGUCUGUGCUGAAUAUUCUUUCUGCCAAAAAAAAAAAAAAAAAAAAUCGCUGCGUUGAUGUUGUUUUGUUAUUUUCAGCGUGAGAAAUAAGUUUUGAGGUUAGGAAAUUCUGUCUGCGUUUUUCGUGGCAAUAAAUGUGUUUACCUGAACCAACAGGCAAGCUUUUCUUUUUUUUAAUAUAAUUUUUCAGCUUUCAACAAAGUAAUUUAUAAGAUUAUUAUUUCGUAUUUUAACGAUCCAUGCCCCGAAGCCCGCGGUUUUUGAAUCUCGGCUACAGAACUCGCGUUCGGGACGAUUUUAAAAUGUUUGUAAUCCAAUUUUAUAUCCUUACAUAAUUUAAAUAAAAUUUAAUAUAAGCGCCAGUGAAUCAUAACGCUGUGCAUUCUCAGCUCCGAAGGCGGAACAGAGGAUGUGUACUUGUACAUAUUAAUUGUGGUGAUGUUUGUCGUACUGUUCGACUGUGUGUUCGCUCUUACAGCGAUCGUGUGUGUUCAGAAUGUGUGACGUCUCCAAAUGAUCUGUGAUUAAUUGUUUUAAUAUCUCCAUUGUAUCAAGCAGAGGUCUCAUACAAGUACAGUUCUAUCCAUCAAAUAUCAAAUGCAUAAAAAGUUAUUUGCGUAAUAUUUUGAUUGAACUAAUUUACGGUUAAUUAUAGUGUUAAUUGAUUAAUGGUUCGUUAUUAAAUGUACAGUGAAAAACAAUAAACGUAUAAUUUUAAAUCUUAAGAUAGAAUUAGUCCGAUCACUGUGCCUUCCAGUCAGGAAACUUGAUGGCAUCAACUAUUUUGCAGAGUUCUUUUAUACCGACACGCCAAUUAUGUGAGCAGGAUGAAAUCGGCCACGUCCACAGGAGGCCUUUUUAUAAAAUUUGAAAUGCCCCCAACACAAUCUGCAAAUUCUUAAAAAACUGUACGUGAGUGAGACCUCUACAUGUGGGCUUAUAAUUUAUAUUAAACAAAAGAAUAUCAAUACCAUGAAAAAAAACAUAUGAAUAUAUUAUGUAAAAAUUGAAACUUGCUUAUACAUUACUGUAUUUACUUGCAUAAAUUUUUCCUUCCUCA